AUGGCCCACCCUCCUAACCAGCAGGUGGCGCCAAUACACCUAGAAGUUGUAUGCCAACCCCCAAUAAAACUCAAGAGAAGAAGAAAAAGAACCGGAGCUGUCUUCAGGGCAAAGCAGAGCCGCCCACUAAAUUAUCAAAAAACAGCCAUGAGCAUUGCGUGGUCACACUCUCGGAGGGGCCGAGGACCCCGGCAGAAGGAACAGACUGGAGUGAUCCAGGAUCAGAAAGCUGAAGCCUCAGUGCCUCAUGGCUCCUGCAUGACGAUGUGCCCUGCCUACGAGCUACGGCAGAGGGAAGCUCAAAGCCGGCUGCACAGGUUUGAGAUGCUGCCCGGCACCGAGCAGGACCGUCUGCCACGUGCUGACAUCUCACGUGCUGUAAAAGAGUAUUCACGGCCCGCUGCCGGGAAAGAUUCCACCAGAGCUAGUGACCUCCGACCACCGUCUGUUCUUUUAAAGACCGUCUCUUAUCUGGUUGAUGAGGUCGCAACGUCUUCUACAUUUCAGCCAUGGACGGAGGUGUAUAGUUUUGUGUUUGACCGCCUACGUAGUGUCCGACAGGAUAUGAUCAUCCAGCGUGUGUCUGGGCCUGACUGUGUGGCGGUGCUGGAGAAAAGUGUGCGUUUCCUCCUCUACUCCUCCUACAGGCUCUGUGGGCAACCACUUCAGCUUUAUGACCCACGCAUCAAUGACACUCACCUGCAGGAGAGCCUGAGCUGGCUGCUGGAGAGCUACAGUGAGGGAAAACACCAGCAUCAAGAGGAGUUUCAGGCCCUCGCUCUACUUUACAACCUGGGUAAGUGCUUACACCUGCUAUUGAACCCGUAGUUCACCACAAAAUGAACAGGAAUUUAACUGACCCUAACACAUAUUGCAUUUUCUUUUCCUCUGAUGAACAGAGAAGGUAUUUUGAAAAACAGCUUGAUGCCAGUAACCAUUGAAUUCCAUUGUAUUAUUUU